AUGAGAAACGAAAAAGCCUACCACGAGCAGCUGACUGUUUCGGAAAUCACCAACGCUUGCUUUGAGCCUGGAUGCCAAAUGGUGAAAUGUGAUCCACGCAACGGAAAGUACAUGGCGUGUUGUUUGCUGUUUAGAGGAGACGUCGUACCUAAGGAUAUCAACUCGGCUAUUGCCGUUAUCAAGACGAAACGGGCGAUUCAGUUUGUGGACUGGUGUCCUACAGGCUUUAAGGUAGGUAUCAACUACCAGCCACCGACAGUAGUACCGAACGGUGAUCUCGCCAAAUUGCAGCGGGCUGUUUGCAUGCUGUCCAACACCACGGCUAUUCAGGUGGGACAAUAA